UGCACACGACUUAUUGUUUUGCACAUUGUUUCCUCGUCUUGUCUGUCUACUGACGUAUCUAACGGUCUCUCUGGACACAUGUUUGUGUUGCAGCUUAGGUUGCUCAGAAAGUGGCUGAACAAACACUCGCACAGGAAGAGUACACUGUGAAGAUAUAAAGCGCAAAUUCGCCACAUUCAACCGAACAAAUGUGACAUCCAGGUGAAUCCAGGAGUGAAUGUGUAGCGCUGCCAGAGGCGGGAGUGUGAUGAUGUGGGGCUGCUUCAGUGCAAAAAGUACAGAUGACAUUUAUACAUGGCAUUAUGGAUGCCUGCGAAUAUACCAGAAUACUGGCUGACAGGAAAAUGGCAAUGACUCAAAACUUUCCUGAAAUCACACAAAACCUGCUCACACUGAUGCAAAAUCCAUCCAAAUCCACUCAGAAAACGUUGCACCAAAGUGAAGUACGAACAUUUUUCAGUGUGUUCUGGUGGGAGCAGGAGAUCUGCAGUUGCUGUCACUGCUUUUCUUUCUGUGAUUCUCUUUUUUUUUUAGACACCACACGCUGGAGGAAGCGUUUGAUGCAGUCAAGACACCGAGGAAGUCGUGCAGUGCGCCAUGUGACUAGCAGAGGGCGCCAGACAUCCGUUUAUUGAAGUGGUGGGUGGGGUUUGAGUGGAGGCUGGCGGUGGUAAAUGAGUGUGAGCUCACAUAGAGUUUUCACUAGACCGGCAGGCAGACGAGGAAAGGAAGGGAAGCUGAGCGCAAACAAAAGAGCUGUUUGGAGAUUGUUUACGUCCUCCUCUGCAGUUUUCAGCUCGGGGGAGUCGGAUUAUUUCCACCAUCCAGCUUGAGCCACUAUUCAGCGUGAACUCUGGGAGGAAUUUAUCUCCUUAAGGUUUUGCUUUUGGAAGUAAAAAAAAAAAAAGAAAGAAAGAAAAACGAAAAAAAAAAAUUGCGCAUUUCUGGAACAUUUGGAUCCUACUGGAACUCGCUUUGACUCAUUUCUAUUAACCUGUGUCAUUUCCCGGAGGACCCGGUGAUGUCCUGCCACUGACAUGCACCAUCCGUCCAGACCGCCAAAUCCGUCCAAUGGCUCGACCGCAGUAGCAGCGACAGAGGGAAGCGGAGCGGAUCCAGAACCCGCCGGUGCCGCUGGAGCCUCGGCGCAAAAGUCCCGUUCGAACGAGGAGCGGAGCGUCGGGCAGCGCAGCUCCGCCGGAGGAGAGCCGGACUCACCGCCGUGGUGCCCGGCCAGCCUAGGCGUGUUUCAGACCAGGUCGAUAUUUCACCUCCCUCGCCGCUCCUCCAGUGGAUAUUUCUCCGCCGACGGUGCCGACUCGGUGCCGAGCUCUCCGCUCUUCCUGAAGCGACUGACGGCUGACAAAGCCACGCAGACUCGGAGCCCCAGCGGCCAGGUGAUCGAACACGCCAUGGGGCGCAUGGCUGACGAGGCGCACGGCGGAGGACCGGGGACGCAGCAGCAGCACGGACACUCGCUCAACCCCUCUAGCACUCGGCGGCGAAACGCAGGGGUCAUGCAGGCAGAGGCAGUAGGACGAGCGCUCCGACGAAUUGGAGAUGACUACGAUAGGAUUCUCAUGAGGGUGGCAGACGAACAUAGACGGGCUGCGAUUCCUCUCAACGCCUUCCACCAGGAGCCCGCCACCCUGGUCUGCUUCAGCGUCAUGGUCCUGCUGCUCGGAUGGAUAAUUUACAGUGCGAACAGACAGGUUUAGCCUUUGGAAAGCCCAGCAGACGUAGCAUUUGUCUAACAUGGAAGUUUUCGGAUCUUCUGUUUUUUGUGUGUCCCUCCCGUUUCCAAUGCGGACUCCGUUGGUCUCUGGAAGGAACUCUACUUUGGAUUUUACCUUUUUUUUGCACCACUGUUUUUCCUUGACGGCCUCUGAGCCUUUGUGAUACAACCAAAGAGGCGGGAUUUUGCACUCCUUUCUGUUUUUUUUUUCUGCGCUGGGGCGGUCGUAUCACCUAAACAUGCCUCCGCGAAAUGCCGCCUGUGGAAACUCAAUCGUGCCUUGUACAGUUUCUUGUUUACUUUUUUUAGCUUCUUCUUCUUCUUCUUCUUGAGGGUUUUAUUGUACAGACUAUGAGUUCCCUGGGCGAUCAACUCCGCCCACCCAGGGUUGUUAAAUUACGUGGUGGGUCCAGUCCACAAACUCUCCUUCUGAUGGUUUCACAUCGCACCUGCACUCACAUCACGUAAGGAUCCAGCUUGCAACAGACUCGCGACCUGUGUGGGAACCAACUGGACAACCGACUGCAUUAUAGUCCGACGUUUUUAAUCGCAGUGUUUCCAAACUACUGUGCCAUCUUUUACAUUUUUGUUACCAUGAAAUAUAUACCUGCUUCUGCCUGCAUUGUACAUUUUGCGUGAAUGAACUGCACACCAGCGUUUCCAGCCACACGGAUGCACUUCGUCCUGCUAAUCUGGGUACUAUUGGACACAGUUAUUAAGAGAUCAUCGUAUUACAACUAAAGUCCCAUUUGGACGGGUAUAAGUAGAGGCUUUUGUUUAUGAAAACACAUUUCUGUUAGUUUUAAAGACAUUUAUGCAAUAGAAAAAGCGGAAAAUUCAUCUUUUAUCCGUGUGUUUCCUGAUUUUUUUUUGCAUCCAGUUGGUUCACUAUAGACAGCAUCACCGGUUAAUGCCUGACAUGAAGCUGUCUACGCAUAUUAUUAUUCAGUUAAUCUCAUUAAUAACAAGUCAGAACCAGCCUACUGUAGUUACAGUAGCAGCCUUCCAGGAUUUCAGAACCGGUUUCACCUCUGAAUACUACCUACGGAUUUGCAUUACCAGGUUUCAUCUUUGCUCGUGUUGUGUUCAGCAUUAAAAACAAAACAUUUUGCACGUUAACAACCAAAAAACAGGAGCUGCUCGUCGAUGCAGUGACAACAUUCAAGUAACUGUUACCAACGUUCCCAAUCAGCGGAGUGAGCGAACAAAGUCGACGGCGAAACCAGCCAUUCAAACCAGUGUCAUGUUUACUCAUCGACGUUGAUAUUCUGCUACAGUGACCCAUCAGCCAGUACCGUCUGUCUUCCACCGUUCUUUGUUUCAGCCUCUGGUUUCGCCGUCAGCAGCGAACGUAGGCGGCGAGCAGUUUGUCGACAAGGUCACGUUAUCCGUUUAUUAGCUCAUUGAUUCAGGACCCGGCCAAGUCUCCUCGGGCCUGCCAGGUCAUUAAACACUCAAAGAGAUUUCUGGACACAAACCAAACACUGAAUAAUGCAGAGUCAAAGAGAGGGAGGGGGGGAGGUUUGUCACUCACGGCUUAGCCAACAGCAACACAGCAAACAGUGGUGAUACAGGGUUCACAUUAAAUACAGUUCUUUUUUUCUUAUCUUUGAGUUCUUUGUGCUCAUUGAAACACGAGUUGUGUUGCUGUGUGACGAAUCGCCAGAAGCCGGGCCGUUGUUUUUGUCAUGAUUAUUAAAAUACCUGUUACCACUUUGCACCUGCUUCCACCGGACAGAACGAUAGAGAGCUGAGUACAUCAUGAAAGCCUGUUAUGCAAAAAAUGUUUGUUCAUUUGUAUGCAUGCAUGUCUGUAUUCUCCUGAUUUAAGAUGCAUAAAUUCACUCUGUUGACGCUGAACAAUGUUCGCUUUUUGAAUGUACUGUUGUGGACAAAAAGAAGAAAACUCAUGCAAGAAAAGAUUAGACCGAAGCAUUUUAUAUCACCAAGAGUGCAUUUAAAACAUGAAAGCUUGGAGAAUUAA